AUGCUAUUGCCGCCGCUCAGAGAGAGGAUGGAGCUGCUCCACACACUGCUGCCACAGGGACCAGAUCGCUGGGAGAGCCUCUCCAAGGGACAGAGGAUGCAGCUGGACAUCAUCCUCACCAGCCUGCAGGACCACACCCACGUGGCCUCUCUCUUGGGGUACAGCUCUCCGGCUGACGGCCCGGAGGUGGUGUCGGCCUCUGGCUUCACUCAGACCCCAGACCCAGACCACAGCAGCCAGGGCAGCAGCCACCCGGACACCCACCUGGCAGAGAUACUGAUGAAGACUCUGCUCCGGAACCUCGGCUUCUACACUGACCAGGCAUUUGGAGAGCUGGAGAAGAACAGCGAUAAACUCCUCCAGGGAAUGUCAUCGUCUGACAGCAGCCAGCCCGCUCACCUGCACCAGCUCCUCUGCUCCUUACAGAAGCAGCUGCUGGCCUACUGCCACAUCAAUGCAGUCACAGAGAACUCUAGCAGCGUUGCUCUGCUCCACAAACACCUGCAGCUGCUGAUGCCUCACGCCACAGACAUUUUCUCCCGAUCGGCCACUCUGAUCAAAGAGAGCUCCUGGAACGGGAGCAUCCGGGAGAAACUGCAAGAUGUGGUCUUCGUGUCGGCCGCCGGCAGCAUGUUGUGCCAAAUCAUCAACUCUCUGCUGCUGCUGCCGGUGUGUGUGGCCAAACCCCUACUGUCCCACCUUCUGGACCUCCUCCCUCCUCUAGACCUCCUGAACAGGCUGCUCCCGGCUGCGUCUCCCCUCGAAGACCAGGAGCUGCAGUGGCCUCUGCACGGCACGACAGACUUUGCAGAGCCAGCCUCAGGCAUGUCUCAGGCUGCCUUGUCCUGGGUUUGGCUGGUAGACCUGGAACGCACUGUGGCCCUGCUCGUAGGCCGAUGUCUGGGGGGGAUGCUGCAGGGAGCUCCCACGUCUCUGGAGGAACAGGACACGGCCUACUGGCUCAAAACUCCCAUCUUUAGCAACGGCCUCCAGAUGGACAUACCACAACUAGACUCUUGCAUCAGCUCCCUGUUGGAUGUGGCUCUCUCUGGGAACGAGGAGCACAAGCCCUUUGAGUUCCCCUUAAGCCCAGACCUAAGUGUCCUAGUGGAACUGGCCCUGGGAUCCUCCAAAGAACCAGCCAACUCUCUGUGGAUCAACAUGCAGGACUUCGCCAUCACUAAAGACUGGGACAACGCCUCUCUGAGCAACGAGACCCUCCUGGACACAGUCUCCAGAUUUGUUCUGGCGGCGCUCCUGAAGCACACUGGACUUUUAACACAAGCUCGAGGAGAGGGAAGGUACCAGCCGUCCAAGUUGUUGGCGGAGGUGUACCGCACCGUGUAUAAAGUCCGGAACAGACUUCUUGCCUGUAAGAACAUGGACUUCAUUCAGACAAGAUCUUCCUCCCGGGAAAGAAGGAUUUCGGAGAACCAGGACUCUCUGGACCUGGACCCGCAGGAGCACUCAUUCACACGCACAAUCGACGAGGAAGCAGAGCUUGAGGAGCGUGCAGACCGUGAGCGAGAAGAGGGACAGCAAGAUGAGGAGGAGGAGGAGGAGCGCGAGCACGAGGUUAUGACGGCCGGAAAGAUCUUCCAAUGUUUCCUCUCAGCUCGGGAAGUGGCUCGAAGCCGCGGUCGUGAACGGGCCAGCAGCAGCACAGGUCUUGGCUCCACCGCGGCCUCACGGUCCGGGACGACCGGAGGAGAGGAUGAGACCUGCACGUCCCAGGAGGGCAGACGUGGAAGCGUGUCUCUGGUGAAGGGACAUGACCUGUACACUGCAGCCUGUAACUCUGUGGUCCACCGCUGUGCUCUGCUGAUCCUGGGAGUGAGUCCGGUUCUGGGGGAACUCGGCAAACAGAAGCAGGAGGAGAUCCAGGGCCAGACCACAGUCGGGACCCAGGACUGCCUCAGCUACAUGACCCGGAGUGAGAGCAUGAGCGCAGAGAGCCGCUCCAUUCAGACCAGCCCGAGUUACAGACUCAUGAAGUCCAGGAGUGAGUCGGACCUGUCCCAGCCUGAGUCCGACGAGGAGGGCUACAACUUGAGCGGUCGGAGAAACGUCGACCUUGACUUGAUGUUUUCACACAAGAAAAGAGGCCCUCUGUACAGCUCUCCGGACUCCCUGGCUGAGUCCUGGUUCAGGGCCAAGCUGAGCCGUGAGCGCAGCUACAGUUCUGCCUGUUCGUACGAGGAGUCGGACAUGGACCUGAGCUGCUCCCUGGGGGUCUAUGCUCUCAUUGACAAUAUGCUGAGCUUCAUCAGUGGAGACGUGGGGCUCGUUCCGGCUUUCAGGGAACCAGAGGAGAACAUGUCCACCAGCCCUCAGGCCAUUGUGCUGGCCAUGGAGCAGCAGCAGAGCAGGGCCGAGCUGCGUCUGGAGGCUCUUCACCAGAUUGUGGUCCUGAUCUCUGGUAUGGAGGAGAAGGGCUCGGCUCCGGGGAUCAGCGAGCGCUCCAGUCCCUUCCAGUCCUCUUCCCUCCUUACCUCGGUCCGGCUGCAGUUCCUGGCUGGCUGCUUUGGCCUGGGCACCGUGGGCACCGGGGCACUGAAGAGAGAGAGCGUGCAGCUGCAUCACUACCAGGAUGGGAUAAAGGCUGCAAAGCGGAGUCUUCAGAUGGAGAUCCAGACCGCGGUCCAUAAGAUAUACCAGCAGCUGUCGGUGACUCUGGAGAGAGCUCUUCAGUCCAACAAACACCACAUCGAAGCUCAGCAGCGCCUCCUUUUGGUAACCGUGUUUGCCCUGAGCGUGCGGUACCAGCCUGUGGACGUGUCUCUGGCCAUCUCCAGUGGACUCCUGAACGUCUUGUCUCAGCUGUGUGGGACGGAGACCAUGUUGGGACAACCUCUACAACUGAAGCUGAAACCAGGAGUGUCCCAGCUCAGCACAGCUCUCAAAGUGGCCUCCACCAGACUGCUGCAGAUCCUGGCCAUCAGCACCGGGACGUACGCAGACAAACUGAGCCCGAAAGUGGUUCAGUCUCUCCUGGACCUCCUCUGCAGUCAGCUCAAGAAUCUGCUAUCUCAAGCUGGAGUGGGGCAGCUGUCCUCCGGGAAGGUCCAGGAUGAUAAAAAACGGGACGAUAAUGUGGACUCGGAGAAGAAGGACUUCAGAACUGUGCUCUGCAAGCAGCACACAGCGGAACUUCAUCUUGGAGACUUCUUGGUGUUUCUGCGCAGAGUCGUUUCCUCCAAAGCCAUCCAGUCCAAGAUGGCCUCCCCCAAAUGGACUGAAGUCUUGCUCAACAUCGCAGCUCAGAAAUGCUGCUCAGGAGUUCCGUUAGUGGGGAACCUCCGCACUCGGCUUCUGGCUCUGCACGUUCUGGAGGCGGUGCUGCCGGCAUGUGAGGAAAGCAUGGAGGACGACCAGAUGACACAGGUUGCGGAGAGGCUGUUCACUCUGUUGUCUGACUGCAUGUGGGAGGCUCCGGUCGCUCAGGCCAAACACUCGCUGCAGAUUAAAGAGAGGGUCCAAGAACUGAAGCUGCAGGGAGAGUCUGAGGAGGAGGAGGAGAACCUGCCAAUCCAGGAGGUAUCCUUCGACCCGGAGAAGGCCCAGUGCUGUGUGGUGGAGAAUGGUCAGGGUCUGACCCAUGGCAGCGGGGGCAAGGGCUACGGUCUGGCCUCCACCGGCAUCUCUUCUGGCUGCUACCAGUGGAAGUUCUACAUCGUGAAGGAAAACCGGGGGAACGAGGGUACGUGUGUGGGCGUGUCCCGCUGGCCCGUCCACGACUUUAACCAUCGCACCACCUCUGACAUGUGGCUGUACCGAGCCUACAGCGGGAACCUCUACCACAACGGAGAGCAGACCCUGACCCUGAGCAGCUUCACCCAGGGAGACUACAUCUGCUGUGUGCUGGACAUGGAGGCCAGGACCAUCUCUUUUGGCAAGAACGGAGAGGAGCCAAAGUUGGCGUUUGAAGACGUGGAUGCCACAGAACUUCAUCCCUGCGUGAUGUUCUACAGCAGCAAUCCGGGAGAAAAGGUGAAGAUCUGUGAGAUGCAAAUGCGGGGUACCCCACGGGACCUGCUUCCUGGGGACCCUGUUUGCAGCCCUAUGGCCACGGUCUUAGCUGAAGCCACCACUCAGCUUAUCCGCAUUCUACACCGCACAGACCAUUGGACCCACCGUAUCAACAAGAUCAUGAUUGAGAGGCUCCACAAGAUUAAAGUCUGCUUCAAAGAGUCCGCCAGCUCGUCAAGCAGUUUGGGACAAAGGCUGAAGAAAAGCCGCUCAGUUCAAAGCCGCGAGGAGCACGACGCGCAGAAAGAGCCGCAGGACCCCGCAGUGCGCCCUGAGGAGGAGCGCGGCCGUCAAGGGAGACAGUACGGCCUUGUGGAUCUGUCCGAGCUCCACCUGAAGAUGCUCUGCACCGAAGUGUGGCCCGUGCUGGCGGUGAUCGGAGGCGCAGACGCGGGGCUGAGGGUGGGAGGCCGCUGUGUGCACAAGCAGACUGGGCGCCACGCCACGCUGCUGGGAGUGGUGAAGGAGGGGAGCACAUCAGCCAAGGUGCAGUGGGACGAGGCUGAAAUCACCAUCAGUGAUACUCCUUUAUACAACCUGGAGCCGUGCGAGCCGCUUCUGUUUGAUGUGGUGCGGUUCCGGGGCUUGACCGCAGCCUUGCUCCUGGACCUGACCUACCUGACAAGCAUUCACGAGGAGAGCAGCGCCAAGCUCAGCAUGCAAAGGCAUUACAAAAAGCACAGGGCCACAGCCUCCAUGGGGCACGAGCAGAGCAGUGCUGAAGCCGAGUCCGAUCACAACGAACCCAAGGACUGUCGAAACACGCCGCCGUCCGAGCUCCGUGUCUCCCACAGCCUGGAUGAGGUCAAAGCUCAUCUGAGGCCCAAGUCUGAGGGAGAGAUGUCUUGUCUGGGGUCCGACAAUCCAUUUGGGGCUCACCUGCCAGAGGCAGGCAAGAGGAAGGGGCAGGAGCACGGGGGGAGGAGCCAUGAGUGCACCUCAGCGGCACAAUCAGAGACCCACGCCGUGCAGCUGUCGUAUCUGUACCUGGGAGCCAUGAAGGCCCUGAGCGCUCUGCUCAGCUGCAGCAAGUAUGCAGAGCUGCUGCUCAUUCCAAAGAUUUCUCCAGAGCCUGCUCCCUCUGGCCAUAAUGCAGAUUUGAGCUCUGCUGGAGUGCCCCCUGGUGUCUCGUCUCCCGUGUGUCCGGAGGAGGUGGAGAUGAGGGCUGCUCUACAGUUCCUGAUGAGGCACAUGGUGAAGCGUGCUGUCAUGAGGUCUCCCAUCAAACGAGCUUUGGGCCUGGCCGAUCUGGAGCGUGCUCAAGCCAUGGUCUACAAGCUGGUGGUGAGCGGGCUGCUGGAGGAGCCUCAGGCCGGGAAGACCAAGCCUGUGCGCAGUGAACCAGAGGGGGAGAUGGAGGGAGUGGAGAGGGAGCAGACAGCCCAGACCCCAGUCACCACAAGCCCUUCUGCUUCCAGCACAACCUCCUUCAUGAGCUCUUCUCUGGAGGACACCACCACAGCCACCACCCCAGUGACCGACACGGAGACUGCUCCAGCCACCGAGUCACCAGGGGUCAUGCCCCUCAGCCUGCUCAGACAAAUGUUCUCGAGCUACCCCACCACCACACCGGGGCCGACCCGCAGAGCUCAGACUCCUCCGGUAGCCUCCCUCCCCACAUCUCCCUCUGACGAAGUGGGAAGAAGGCAGUCCCUCACCUCCCCAGACUCCCAGACGUCCAGAGCCCAGAACAGGACCGGCACCUCCUUGUCGGACCCCACGAGUCGUCUAUCCACAUCUCCUCCUCCUCCAGCCAUUGCUGUCCCGCUGCUGGAGAUGGGAUUUUCUCUUAGGCAUAUCAUCAAAGCCUUAGAAGCAACAGGAGCUCGUGGAGAAGCAGAUGCUCAGAACAUAACUGUGUUGGCCAUGUGGAUGAUUGAGCACCCAGGAGAGGAGGAGCCCAGACCCAGCAGUUUGGGGGGAGAGUCCGACCCCUCGUACCCAGGGGCAUCGUCUGGGGGCAAGUCUCAGGACCGGAGCCCCUACCUCUGCUGCCCCACGGACAUCUCAACCACAGAGGACAUGGAGGAGGGGUUCAGCGAGAGUCUGGAGGGUCUGGAGCCAGAGAACGCCUCAGCCUCCAGUGGAACUUCUCAGCGGGGCAGAGCCACGGGACGCAAACACCGCUUCGACUUGGCGGCACGCACUCUGCUGGCUCGAGCGGCUGGUCUCUACCGCUCGGUCCAGGCCCACCACAGUCAAAGCCGCAGAGACAUCCCUCCCCUUCAGCAGCAAGAUCCCGGGGUUCUGUAUGACUUCAACCUGGACGAGGAGCUUGAGAUGGACCUGGACGAGGAGACCAUGGAGGCCAUGUUCGGGCAGGAAAUGAGCUCCGACUCUGAUAUUCUGGGAAUGUGGAUCCCAGAGCAUGUGUGCGAGGCUGACGACCGCGACGAGGUGGUGGUGUGUGAGCUGUGUGAAGCCAACGUGGCCAACUUCAACGCACACAUGAAGAAGAGCCAUCCAGGGUGUGGCCGCAGUGCCAACCGCCAGGGUUACCGCAGCAACGGCUCAUAUGUGGACGGCUGGUUUGGGGGGGAGUGCGGCAGCGGGAACCCCUACUACCUGCUCUGUGGCAGUUGCAGAGAGAAGUACUUGGCCAUCAAGAGCAAGGCCAAGGUGCCUGUAGUUGAGAGGUACAAAGGCCAAGCUCCAGACCUGCUGGGAAAACAGGACAGUGUCUACGAAGAGGACUGGGACAUGCUGGACAUGGACGAGGAGGAAAAACUGACUGGAGAGGAGGAUUUUGAGCUCCUGUCUGGACCUCUGGGUCUGAACGAGCGCUGUGUCGUCCCUGAGGCCGUGCAGUUCUCAGACAGUGACCCCCUUGGAGCCUCCGUCGCAAUGGUUACUGCCACCAAUAGCAUGGAGGAGACUCUCCUGCAGAUCGGCUGUCAGACCUCUGUGGACAAGAGCUCGUCAGGCAGAGUGACCCUCGGGGAGCAGGCAGCUGCGUUGCAGACGCCACACGACCGCGUGAUGGCGCUAAGGAGAGUGACCGCAGCGGCUCAGGUCCUGCUGGCAAGAACCAUGGUGAUGAGGGCCCUGUCUCUGCUCUCAGUCAGUGGCUCCAGCUGCAGUCUGGCCGCAGGCCUCGAGUCUUUGGGUCUCACCGACAUCCGGACUCUGGUCAGACUCAUGUGUUUAGCAGCAGCAGGACGAGCCGGACUCUCUACCAGUCCUCCCUCUGGUCCCAACGAGAGGCCCCGCGGAGCAGCUAAGACCAGCAAACCCAUCUCCUGCCUGGCCUACCUCAGCACCGCCGUGGGCUGCCUGGCCUCCAACAGCCCUAACGCUGCCAAGCUGCUGGUCCAGCUCUGCACUCAGAACCUGAUCUCUGCAGCGACUGGUAUGAACUUGACCACUGUGGACGAUCCCAUCCAGAGAAAGUUUCUUCCCAGUUUCCUGCGAGGAGUUGCAGAGGAGAACAAACUCAUCACGUCUCCAAACUUUGUGGUGACUCAGGCACUAGUGGCUCUGCUCGCUGAUAAGGGGGCCCGGCUACGACCAGGCUACGACAAGACCGACAAUGAAAAAAGAGGUCUAAUCACGCACUUGUAUGCCCACCCUUCCUAUAACCCUCCCGCUGUAGGCCCCCUGGAGCUGGCCAAUGCUCUGGCGGCCUGUUGCUUGUCCGCGCGCCUGUCAUCGCAGCACCGGCAGUGGGCGGCGCAGCAGUUGGUGCGCACGCUCGCCGCACACGACCGUGACAACAGCCACAACCGUCCGCAGACAUACGCCGACAUGGCAGGAGACCUGAGGAAGUGCUCAUGCAUCAAACUCGAGGCCCACCAGAGCCGGGUCAUCACAUGUGGCUGGUCCAGUAGAAAAGGGCAGUUGGCGACCAGUGGAAACGAUGGCACGGUGCGACUGUGGACUGUGACUAAGAACCAGUACACACUGCAGCAGACCUGCAUCUUCACCAAGAGUGAUGGGUCCUCUGAGGAGGGGAUGUCCGGUCUGGGAUCCCCCAGUGACCCUUCUCUGUCCCCUCUGGCCUGGAGUGUCACUGGGAGGUACCUGGCUUCGGCUAUGGACAAACUGGUCAACAUCUGGCAAGUUAAUGGGGGGAAGGGCCUCCUGGAUGUGCAGCCUCACUGGGUCUCUGCGCUUGCUUGGCCGCGAGAGGAGGUCGAGUCUCUGUGGUGUGGAGAGCCCAAAGAUCUGCUGCUGGUGGGCCGCAUGGAUGGGACCCUGGGUCUGAUCGAAGUCCUGGACUCCUCUAUGCACCGAACUGAGCUGGAGCACUGCUACAGAAAAGACGUGGCGGUGAUGCAGAUUGCCUGGUGCAGUGAGGAUAAGCCGUUUGCCGUUGGGUACGCCGAUGGGAAGCUGCUCAUUGGGUCCAAAGAGCCUCUGGAGAAAGAAGCCAUCGUGGUCAUCGACGCUCAUAAGGUUCUAGUGUAG